AAUGGAUGAUUUUGCAAUAGCAGUAAGUCGAUAUAGAAGAAGAAAAUAUGAUUAAUCAAUUAAUUUAUGUGAUAAGAUUCUUUAAGGAAAUAAUUUGGAUUAAUCAGCUUGGGUUUUGAAAGCAAGUAGUUUGAUAAGAAAGAUGUUUUUGGAUGAUAUUGAAAUUGAUGAAUAAGGAAUAGGAGAUUAAUUAAUGAAUGAUGAUUCAAUAAAUUCAGUAGCUAGACCUGGUACAAGCUUAUAAAGACCUGGAAGCUAAGCAGGAUAAGUAUAUAGAAUAUAUUAUAUUUGGGUAUUCGACCAAUGAG